AAACGUCAAACAAAUGUCACGGUUUUUCACAUAUUGUUGUUGACGAUGUCCAUAACAUUUAAAUUUUCCGAAAAAAACCGCGUUAUUAAGGAAAUUAAUGCCCCAUUAGCGUCCCUAGAAGACCUCCUACAAUAUCGGGUUACUUUAAAAACAAUACAAAAAGACGUUAACGCAUUCUUAACCGAACUGGUGAACGCUGAUUCUGCCCUCUGAGGUGCUCGAGAAGGAAGAGGAGGACCUAACAGACAGCGAUUCAGAAGAGGAAAAACUCCCUAAAAGGAACUUGAAGCAGGAUCAAACUGUUCAGAAAACUAAGGUUAAAAAGAGUGACUGAACAAUAUCUCCCCGAAACACAUCAAAUUUUAGCAAUUAGAAACCAAAAAUGGCUACCUCGGUGUUCUUUGUGAACGCUGAUGGCACUGAACCAGAGAAAUCCGAUGGGUCCAAUACAGAAACUGACGGGCUAGCUCUCACUGAGUCCCAACUAUCUUUAAAGAACUUCUGGCCUAAAGCAAUGGAAGAAAUACAAGCCAUACGUCAGUUAGAUCUGAAGCAACAAGCUCUGCCUCUGGCAAGAAUCAAAAAAAUCAUGAAACUAGACGAGGAUGUUAAAAUGAUCAGUGCAGAGGCCCCACUAUUGUUCGCCAAAGCCGUCGAGAUAUUUAUCCAUGAGUUAACAUUAAGGGCAUGGAUCCAUACUGAGGAUAACAAGAGGAGAACUUUACAAAGGAAUGACAUUGCAAUGGCCAUAGCUAAGUAUGAUCAGUUUGAUUUUUUGAUUGAUAUUGUGCCUAGGGAGGAUAUUAAACCGGCAAGAAGAGAGGAGGGCCAAAGGAGCACCGAUCAGGUUCACUACUAUUUCCAACUGGCCCAACAGCACCACGCAAACCUGCAGCAAAGUUCCUCCCCGACAACAUCUACGACCACUACCGCUACGACUGUGGCACAGCCCCAACAGACCAUUCAAAUUGUACAGCAGCCCCAAGUGCAAACUGUACAAGUGAGUGCCGUAGAACAGACUGCUUCAAAUGCUGGGGCCAAUGACGGCACACAAACCCCGAUUAUUUUGCAGACUGGCGGUCAGACGAUUUCCCAAAAUCAGACGGGAAAUGUGCAAAUUAUUCAGCAAAUUGUGACGCCUAGUGGGGAGAUUCAACAAAUACCAAUUCAACUUACGCCCCAACAGUUACAAAUGAUCAAGUUACAGUUGCAAGGUAACUCUUCACAGCCUGUGAUUAUUCAGGCACCGAUUGCUGCCACCAGCUCGCCCCAGCAAGUCGUACAAGUUGCUCAACAAAAUUCCGCGCAACCAGUGUUCAUUACGCAAGCCAGCGCCCCGGAUAACGAGUAAAAAUCAUAAUAUUUAAGGUCAUAUCGUUUUGAGUGAAUUAAAAUAGGAAAUGAAAGUGAAAUUAAAAGAUAAACUUUA